AUGUUCUACUCUCACCAGCUUCUGGCUCGGAAAGCUCCCCUCGGACAGAUAUGGAUGGCAGCGACAAUGCACGCGAAGAUCAAUCGGAGGAAGCUGAAUAAGCUCAACAUUAUCACAAUAUGUGAAGAAAUCCUAAAUCCAUCAGUUCCAAUGGCUCUGAGACUCUCUGGAAUUCUAAUGGGUGGAGUAGUGAUUGUCUACGAACGAAAAGUCAAGCUCCUUUACGAUGAUGUGAAUCGUUUUCUGGUGGAGCUAAACGAAGCAUGGAAGGUGAAAUCUGUUCCAGAUCCGACCCUCCUCCCCAAGGGCAAAUCUCAGGCCAAGUACGAAGCUGUGACAUUACCUUAUAAUAAUCAAGAGGCAGAGCUUGGAGAGAUCGAAGAGUCCCUCACUAACACAAGAACAAUGAUGGGGUUUCAACAAUCUGGCUAUAUUGCCAUGCGACUAGAUAAUGUGGAUGAGCCUUACAUUAACAACAACAAUCCCAGUGAAAAAGAUCAAUCAGAACAAUACCAUCAAGCUGAUGCCGCUAACAUCACCUUAUUUGAUUCGUAUCAGACAGAUACACGGCCAUACCAUCACUUUGAAAGGUUUGAUAUUGAAGGGGACAAUGAGACACAGUUGAAUUUUAAUUCUCAAGAGGACACUCAAAUUCCAAGUACUCUAAUACCCUCUCCACCACGUCCAGCAGGGCCUCAAAAACGUAAGCAACAUAUUAAUGCUUCUAAUUCUCGUAAACCUGAAACUGAUGAAAUCCUGGACCAGCAUCCGGAAGACCAAGUCAAUCAGCAAUCUAAUAAACAAAAGGAAGCUAUUCAGCCCCAGCAGGAUCACCAGAGGCAAGGACCAACUCGAAGGAAAGCAAGAAAGCCAUCAGCCUCUGCCAUGGAUUAUGAACAAACUAUCAUCCCCGGUCACAUAUACCAAUCCUGGCUUCAGAGUACUUCUGAUAUUGUGUCAAGAAGAGGAAGAAAGAGAAAGGCAUGCUCUGAUACGCACCUGCCUAUCUAUGAUGCCAUGUCUACCAUGGAGAUAGGAAACCUCAUGGAAUUGCCUCCCGUAGCACUAAUCUGUGGGCUUUCCACAACUGGAAAUAGAGAAAUACAUUAUCCAGCACCUCUUUUGGAACUAUGGAUGAGAAGUACCAUACCUACCCGUGAUUUGCCUUCUGGGAGGAAAUCCCCACCCCAGCCUCCAGAACCUUCUUCAUCAUCACCACCAGAUAGAGCACAUUAUACUGAUCCAUUGGGAUUUCCUUUUGAAGAUUUUCACAGUGGACUUGGCUCCCAAUCAUUGGGAGUUUCCAGAGAGAAGCUUCGGACAAAUCUCAAAACUAACGAGAUACCAACUGAAGUCUUCAUACCGGGGCUAAGCAACAACCUUGGGAACAAUGGUGUGUGGGUGAAUGAGGCCAAUGUGAUGGUCACGCCUGGAAAUUCUGGUACAUUAUAUUCUUAUCAUCUCUCUCUUUUCUCACAAUUCUUUAAGAUCAAGAUAUUCAUGGCUGAAUCUACUACAGGAGAUGAAGUAAAAUCUAUUCCCAGUUCAGGAUCUGGGCAUGGUUUCCUGUCAAAUAAUUCAGAUGUUAAUUCAGGCAGGUUCAAAAGGCCUUAUUCUUCAUCUAGACACGAUGGGAGUGGCCUUGAACCAGUAGCUGAGGAGAAUUCAUGGCAGCAACCGGACCUGAGUUUCAAGUUAGCUAGACUAUCUGAAAAUGGCCUGACACCUGAGAACGAUCUCUUGGUGGAAACUGGACCUACACAAACUCAACAACCAAUCUUUAAUCUGCCCAUUGACCUGAUAACUGAUUCUAUUCGAAUGCAGCUCAAGACACAUUUUGAUACACCAGGAACCACUCAAACAGAAUCCCUUAAUGAGCUAGCCUUUGGAUUGAACAAAAAGAAAGCAGCCCAUCUCUUCUAUCAAACUUGCGUUCUUGCUUCUCGUGAUGUCAUAAGAGUUGAGCAAGAGGUUCCAUAUGGAGAUAUUCUCAUUUCUAGAGGGCUAAAGAUGUGACGACGUCAAAAUGAGCACCUCCAACAUGAUAAAUUUCUUUGGUAAUCCUUCUCUUGGAUGGAUUUCAUGUAGACAAAUUUUUUGGGUUUUUUGUCUAGUGACUUGCAAUUAGAAUAGGAUAAUUUGGGCACGGUCGUAUUUAGGCUAGGAAAGUAAAAGGAAUAGUUUUUGGAGGUACAUAUGGUUUUCUUGGUUUAGCCUUUUUCAAAUCUAGUAUAUAUUCUUGUAAGUUGCAGCAGUUAAUUAGUAGGAGUUUUUGUUUUGCUUGAUUGUUAGAAUUUCUGUCAUUCAAAGAUUUUUAGGUUUGGA